AUGAAACUUAAAGGCAUCAUUUCUGAGAACACGUUUAAACCAAGGCAUAUGGCCUCCAGUGCUAGAAGAACUGCUUUAAUUACUCUCAAAUCUUCGUAUGCCAAUAUACUUUUAUUGGUGGUACCGUUCGCGUUGGCAUCCAAUAACGUUGGCUGGCCUUCAUUAGCAGUGUUCAUUUUAAACUUUGUGGCUAUUGUUCCAUUGGCCGCCUGUCUAUGUUUUGCUACUGAAGAACUUGCCGAACAUUUAGGAGACAAUCUCGGGGCCUUCCUCAAUGCGUCUUUCGGUAAUUCUGUCGAGUUGAUCACUGCUAUCAUUGCUUUGAAACAAGGGCAAAUCAGAGUGGUGCAAACCUCGAUGUUGGGUAGUGUGAUUUCUAACUCGUUGUUGGUUUUGGGUUGUUGUUUUGUUGCUGGUGGGUAUAAUCGUUUCAAACAAACAUUCAACAUUACUGCGGCUCAAACAUUGAGCUCCCUUUUAAUUCUUUCAACUUCAUCCCUAAUGAUUCCUGCCGCGUUACAUUCCUCGAUUGCCAGCAGUUUGAGUAAGACCGAAACCGAUACCAUCACCCCAGAAAACCCUGGCAGCAGAAUCCUUAAAUUAUCCAGAGGUACCGCGAUAAUUUUGCUUUUGAUGUAUUUGUUUUAUCUUUUCUUCCAAAUGAAGACCCACAAAACGUUAUUUGAAGCCGAAGUUACCCCAGCCGACGUUUUGGAACAAAACCAAAUCACCGAGAAAGUAGAGCUGGAGCAAAUCGUCCAGGAAAAAGCGUCGACCAUCGAAGACUCUCGUGAAGAAUCUAAUACUUCAACCAACGACGGUGUUUUCCAAGGUGCUAAAGCCAGCGUAACAAACACUAGCGAGCUUCAAAAAUCCGGCACCGGUCUCCACCUGAAGAUUUUGAAGAGUCGUAAAGGUACCUUAUUCUCUGUGGCUGCCAACUUGGAAGAGGAGCAUCUUUCUAUCCUUGCGUCUCUUGUGGUGUUGGUCAUCAUUACAGUUUUGGUGGCUUUUUGUGCUGAUUAUAUGGUUGGGUCUAUUGAUGAUUUAGUUGAAACUUCGGGAAUGACAAAAACUUUUGUUGGGUUGGUUCUUUUGCCUAUCAGUGGUAAUGCUGCCGAGCAUGUCACUUCCGUGGUGGUUGCCACUAAAAACAAGAUGGACUUGGCGAUUGGGGUUGCUAUUGGUAGUUCGACCCAAAUUGCGUUAUUCGUCACUCCACUUUUGGUGCUUAUUGGUUGGUGGAUUGGUGAGUCAAUGAGUUUGCUCUUCACCACUUUUGAAUGUUGUACCAUGUUCAUUACCAUCUUUAUUACCAAUUCCAUGAUUGCCGAUGGGGAAAGUAACUAUUUGGAAGGGGUUAUGUUGAUCAGUGCCUACGUGAUCAUUGCAGUUGCGUUUUUCUUUUUCCCUGAUUCUGCCACUGGUUUAAGCUGA